AUGUUCAUGGUGCCAGGCGAGAAUUCCACGGAGACCGAUUUAAAAAGACAACAUCAAGCCUUGAAAACUGCGUCGGUGAAAUCGAGAAUGGAAAGUAUUGAUUCCACUCUACCCUCGGAUCUACUGCGGUCAGUUAACCAAUCGAGAGACAAGGGCGCGAGCUCAUGGCUUACCACAGUGCCUCUUGUCGAUCAAGGCUUAGUUCUGAAUAAACAAGAAUUCAGAGACUCUCUGCGUGUAAGUCAUAGUAUGCCCCUGUCCGACUUACCAAGCAAGUGUGUUUGUGGUGAGAAGUCUGCCACGCCCUGUCAUGCAAAAAGAAAGGGUUCGCGCGUGGCGAAGAGACACCAUGAUGUUCGCAACCUACUUACCUCACUUAUUGGUAAGGUUUGCACCAACAUUGAAGUCGAACCUGAACUACAGCCUCUCGAUAAUGAGCGAUUCAGCCUCAAAAGCGCGGCAACAAGCCCGGUGGCAAGACUGGACUUGAAGGCAGGGGACUUUUGGUCUCGUGGAGUUACAGCAUAUUUCGAUGUCAGAGUAACGCAUGUUAACUCCAAGUGUAACCAGGGAAAAGCAACAUCCACAAUCUUUAAGGAGCAGGAGGAGGAGAAAAAGCGGAAGCACCAACAGAGGCUGCUGGACGUUGAAAUGGGAUCUUUCACUCCCCUAGUUUUUGGAACCAAAGGUGGGAUGGGAGCCGACUGCAACUGCUUUCUCAAACGCCUAGCCGAGAAGCUCUAA